CAAACACAAAGCGAACAAAACGGAAGUUGAAGGAACUAUGAAUGUCAAACUGUAGCAUGGUGAGCUGCGUUUUGUAAGUAUCCCAAAGGAAAAAUGUCAUCAUAUAGCCUAUUUCGACUAGCGCCGUUAGCAAAAUGCGCAACGAACGGUGCGACAUUACUGUGCAGGACGAACACGUUAAACAGAGUGCUGUCGUGUGGAUAUGCUAAGAAAGUCGUGGCCAAAGGAAAAGGUAAAAGUAUGGUAAAAGAGGAGUUGAAAGGUCCAGAGGUGUGUAAAGACCCUGUCAGGCUUACAUCUUAUGCAGUAGGGGUCAACGUCUUCAAGCAAGGAGAAGACCCCAAACUGAAGCCUCCUGAAGAAUAUCCUGAGUGGUUGUUCCAGUUGAACCUGGGAGAUCCCCAUAAGCUGCACGAGCUGGAACCCGACACUUGGGAGUACUGGAAGCGUCUGAGGAAGGAAAACAUUUGGCGUUCUAACAGACUGCAUAAAGGGAAGAGGUUCUAGGUUCUCUGGAUUCACUGAAGGAUUCUUCCUAUACUUUGACUCUCUGGACCGAAUAAAUAUGACAGAAUAUGAAUUGAUGCGGAGCUGACGUCAGCAGACUUUAAGUUCAGCUCUUUCUCACUUGUCAUUCUUCCUUUGGGUCAUCUGAAAGCAUACAGCACGAUGAUCGCCAAUGUUCCCUGCUAACUUUCCAGCACAGCAUAUAUAUUCAGGAUCGGACGGAUGGCCCUUUGUGUUAAAUAUGUGGGGUGGAAUCCAGUGCAUCACCAGUAAGCCAGUCGAAGAAAUACCACUGAAGCAACUUCAUUCUGGAAAGUAGAAUCAGGACCUGACAAAACCAUAGUACUAUAUUCAGUCUAGUAGUUUUCAUGAGCUUUAGACAUCAAUCAAACAAUCUCCCUGUUUACCUGAAUUAGCUGUGGAACUGUUGCUAAAAUAGACUUUGUGUUCAGAGAAAAUGUUAAAAAAAAAGGAAGUUUUCACCACAUUGCAUUGGAUUUUUUUCCCACUCUUUUGCUGUUUGUUUCUCUAUGAACUUCUUAUAAAUAAAUAUGAAUCAAUAUCCAA